UUAGGAGUAAUUUCACAUAGCAGAUUUGAACAGAAUGCAAAAUCCAGGAAAGGGGCACUGCACACAGCUGCUGAGUAAACUGGUGGAUUUUAAGAUACCAGAAUUCCUCCUGGCAAGCAGACACAGCUGGAUUAGGCUAAAGCUGGCAUGUACCAAGGAUGAUGGAGAGAGAGGCUCUAAGGUACCCUCUAGUGCUCAGGCUUCUGCCUUCAAGGAAAAGCCAGUCCUUAUGGACUUAAGGGCUUAAGGGAAGAAAGGAAGGAUGGUAUGUAAGCCCUGUGGCUAGAGGAGCCCUGCAGUGGAUUUUCUCAGGAGGGCAGUGAAGUCUCUGGGGCCGGUUGUCUUCCAGAGUGCGAGAUGUAAGUAGCUGUCAUGUGUGCAGCAUGAUGGGGGCUGUCCUAAGGAACCAAUGUGAACAAACUGCCUUUUGUUAUGGUAUCCCACAGUAUGGGAGGAAAACACACUGCAGCAGGCCCAGGGUCCAACUGGAUGCAAUUUUCCAGAUAGCGUCUUCCCUGGAGCCUUGGCCAGCGUGCCAAAACUAUAAUAGAGGUCAGCUUGAUCCCCUGUUGUCCCAGUAGGCCAGGCUGGGUGCCCUUGGCAAUCUUUCCAGGUGAGCAACACAAGCAGAGUGUCACUGUUAGGAUUGUGCCUUUGUGUCCUGCACUAGCAUGACAAGAACAAGCUUCCUGUGUCCUGCUCCCAGGCACAAGUGACUCACCUGUCAGGAUUGUCCUCCAUCGCCUGAUUCCCAGACAACUCUGCCCUGUCAAGAGCUGUCCCCUUGGGGUGGUUUGAACAAGAGAAAACAGCACAUAAAUCCCAUAACCCUCUGUCUUAGGUUACAAUGUAAUUGUAGCCAGAAAUAUGUAUUCUAUCACAGUCUUCAUAUGUUGUUUAAACCAGGUAGGGCAAUGUUCCUUGUCUCCUUCAUGACUCACCCCUGAUCACUCCAGGGGUUAUCUUCCGUUAAUGGUUCAUUGGGUCUCACUGCAUGACUUCUAAAAUUACAUCAUCCCACUGUGAGAUGCUCCACCGAGGAGGAGGAGCCAAGCAUUCCUACCUGGAUAUAUUCUGAGCCUUGGAACACCACAAUCAGCCUUAUCCACUGAAUUCCCAGAGGACAAGAGCUGCAUAACCACCACUGGACUUUCAGAGGAAGAUCAAACCCUUCUACAGGAUCACUGCUUCAACAGAGCAUCUAUCACUUCAAGAGGACUGAAGCCACCAAUUAAUAGGACUGCUACAAACACACAGACAGACACGGUAUCAGCAGCUGCCCCAGAGCCCUGCAGAGAAAGCAGUGGGUGAUGCGCAGUGAGCUCGGAGGAUGAGCAUGGCAGGUCAUCGUGGGACAAUGUGGCUUCUUCCUGUUGUCCUCCUUUUCCUUCAGAUGAGGCAGACAGUGCAUCCCAGAGAACAUGUGUGAGGAGCGAACACAUUUUUUGCAGCAGAGCAUUAAAUGGGAAAGACAAUGUCAGCACCAGAGAUGGGAGCGAAAGAGCUGCUACAUGAAAUGUGUCUCCAAAUGCAGAGUUACCUCCCUAUCCUCCAUAUUACUGAGUUUAUGAGAUAUGUGUGGCUGGGGCCCUGGAGUCAGGUCUGCCAGUCGUGUCUGGUAAAGGAAGAAAGGCUGCAGAACUUGAGAUGCCAGCAGAGAUGUGAGCAGCAUGAGGUAAGAGAUGGGAACCAAUGCAGUUCAAAUCCUUGUCACUAUGGUGGCCACUGUAAAGAUGGAAUUGGUUCCUACACUUGCACGUGCUUGGAUGGCUAUCAAGGCAAGAACUGUGAAUUUGUCAUACCCAAGUUCUGCAGAAUAAACAACGGGGACUGUGAGCAGUUCUGCAGUGUCAGAAGAGAUGGACGGAAGGAUGUGCUGUGUUCCUGUGCAGAUGGGUAUGCUCUAGCAGAGGAUGGCAAACACUGUGUUGCAACAGUAAAAUACCCUUGUGGAAAAGUUUUUGUGGCAAGGCAAAAAAGGUCUGUUCUUUCACCCGCUGACUUUAGCAAUGAAACAAGUGAUCAAGAAAUGACUUCUGCAAACGAAACGAGCGCAGAGGAGGGCUUUGCAAUUACCACAGAAAGCCCAACUGCUCCCCCUGACAACAGAACAAGCAGCAAGACUCCAUAUGUCGAUACCAGGAUAGUUGGUGGGGAUGAGUGUCCUCCUGGCCAAUGCCCAUGGCAGGCUGUUCUGUUAGACGAGGAAGGAGAAGAGUUUUGUGGUGGAACUGUUCUGAAUGAAAAUUUUAUACUUACUGCAGCUCAUUGCAUAAACCAAUCCAAAGAAAUCAAAGUUGUUGUUGGUAAAGUGCACAGAGAGAAGAAAGAGCCAUCUGAAUCAAUGCACACUGUGGACAAAAUAUUCGUUCACUCCAAGUUUGUUGCUGAGACUUAUGAUAAUGACAUUGCCUUAUUAAAGCUGAAGGAACCUAUCAGGUUUUCGGAGUACGUCGUUGCAGCGUGUCUCCCCAAAGCAGACUUUGCUAAUGAAGUUCUGAUGAACCAAAGAUCUGGGAGGGUUAGUGGCUUUGGGCAUGAAUUUGAUGGUGGAGAACUCUCAAAAAAACUGAAGGUGCUCGAAGUCCCCUAUGUUAAUAGGAGCACUUGCAAGCAGUCCACUAGCUAUGUAUUUACUGAAAACAUGUUCUGUGCUGGUUAUGACACAGAACAAAAGGAUGCUUGCCAAGGAGACAGUGGUGGCCCCCAUGUGACCAGAUACAAGGAUACUUACUUUGUUACUGGAAUUGUUAGCUGGGGAGAAGGAUGUGCAAGGAAGGGUAAAUACGGUGUCUAUACCAAACUGUCCCGGUUCUUGCGUUGGGUAAGAACAGUCAUGAGUUUGUAGUGGUGGUGUGUCCCUUGAUCCUUCUUGUUAGCUACCAAGAUGCAGGACUGGUUAUGGAAACUUUCUUUUCCUGCACAUCUGCUAAGUUGGUUUUGAAAUCUAGUUCCUUAAAGUUAUGGUCAGCUUCCAUUUGUAUUCUUCCUGUCUUUAAAGCACCUCUCUGUGGACUGUGGAGGAGUUUAGAAUUGGUUGAAUGAGGGAAUUUCUCUAAACAAAAAGGCUGCUGAGCAGAGUCUUUGGCUUCUUUCAAUUAUUUAUCAAUGGCCAUUUUGGUUCCUAUGUGUUGACACCAGUGCUCCUACCAGAGGCUGCUAAACAUGCUCUGAGCAGUCCCUAGUCAUGAUGAAAGCAGGAAGGACAGGACUCAGCUAAUCCUCAUAUUGCAGCCAUCUGGCUCAGCAGGGAGUUUGUCCUUACUGGAGUUGUUUAGCUUCUACCUUUAGAUAUGACCAGAAGAUUAAGGAGCAGGGGAUCUUGCAUGGCAAAAGCUGAGACACAAUUAAUUAAUCAGGGUUUGGUGCUAAAUGAACACAUGUUCCACAAAUGGCCUGCUCAGAUCACAGCCGCUCAUUAAAAGGGGUUUUGCUUUGUAAGGAUUGUACUUCACUUUAUUUUUAUUUGUACACUUUGUUCAUCGGAAAAAGAUAUAUGUGCACAUUCACUGUUUUCUGUAUCUUGUUCUGGAUUACAUAUGGCUGAGGGAGUGGAAAGCUCCUUACAAAUGUAUUGUUCUAGAUGUUUCUGUUAGGUGCAAUAUUGAUGUA